AUGUCGCAAUAUAUUGGAAAGACUAUUUCCCUGAUCUCCCAAGCAGAUAUAAGAUACGUUGGAAUUCUUGAAAGCAUUGAUGGUACAAAGGGUACUAUUGCCUUGAAAAGUGUGAGGGUUUUUGGAACCGAGGGUAGAAUUCUUGAUCCAAAUAGAAUUGUCUAUCCCUCGACGCAAAUUUACGAGCAUAUCAUGCUUAGUGGACCUGAUGUCAAAACACUCAACAUUUUGGAGGUUCCGAUUGAGCAGGUUGUUCCUGAACCAAUUCCCAUGUUUAAUCCUGCCAACUUCUUCCCUCAGGGCCAGAUGCCAUUCCAAAGCCCUGGUCCUCAGCCAGGACAACCCGCUCCAUUGCAGUCCCCUGUCCCGCAAAUUCCACAGCCAGUUUCGCAAAUUGCCGCACCGCAGAUACAGCCAUCGUUGCCACCUGUAGCUCAACAACCACCUCAACAACCACCUCAGCAGCAACAGGCUCAACAGCAACAGGCUCAGCAGCAACAGGCUCAACAGGCAGAAGAACAGCAUCGCGCUCCAACUGAGAGACUGGCAGAGCCCAAGACUGCACAGUAUACAGACAAUAAAUCUCCGGUAAUGGAGUCGGCUGCAUCCUCCAACUCUGAGGCCCAAAACAACGUUACCAAGCACUCUCAAAGCUCGACAAAGCCCCAGGCUCCAUUUGGAGAUGAUUUUGAUUUUGAGUCCAAUAAUGCCAAGUUUGAGAAGGAGGCCGAGCAGGAAAGUGCUGAGUCAACGUUCUACAACAAAAAAUCGUCGUUCUUCGACAACAUCUCGUCCUCCACGGAGCAAACAGCCUCCGAUAGAAUGAGAUGGCAGGAGGAAAAGAAACUUAACUUGGACACCUUCGGGCAGUCUUCUCUUAGGCACAACAGAGGCAGAGGAGGCUACAGAGGCCGUGGAAGGGGUCGUGGAAGAGGAAGGGGAGGUCGUGGAGGAUUUAGAAACCCAGAAUGGGCGUAA